AUGGAUGAAAUGAUCGGGUGGGCUCUGGGCGACACUGACUGCUCGGCGUCGUGCGUGAUGGGCUGGAAAAGUGGAUCGGGGCUGAAAAGAAAAGUCGGUGCCCUGCCGCUGCGUGUCGAUAGCGCGUGCGGCCGCAGCAGCGGCCUAUUAAUAGCUCCGUCCGGCCGGGGAGGCCAUUCCAAGCUCCAUCUCCAUCUUUCACCUCACAAGCUCUCACAAGUCACAUCACCUCCUCUUGACACCACCAGUUCACCACUUGAUCGAUCAAGCUUUUUCGUCUCCGUGGCCAUGUCGAACGCUAGCACCGAGAAGCAAGCCCAAGCGACGUCGGCGGCGGCGGCGGCCCAGAGCCAGAGGCCCCCGGCGGUGUCCGCGGAGAUGCAGAAGGUGUUCUCCCGCUUCGACGCGGACGGGGACGGCCGGAUCUCCCCCUCGGAGCUCGCCGCGGUCAACCGCGCCAUCUCCCCGCCGCCGACCUCGUCGCACGGGGGCCGGGAGGUGGCGGCCAUGAUGGACGAGCUCGACACGGACCGCGACGGCUACGUGGACCUGGGCGAGUUCGCGGCGUUCCACGCGCGCGCCUGCGCCCGCGGGGACGACGGCGAGCUCGAGGCCGAGCUCCGCGCCGCCUUCGACGUCUACGACGUCAACGGGGACGGCCGCAUCACCGCCGCCGAGCUCGGCAGGGUGCUCGCGCAGAUCGGGGAGGGGUGCAGCGCCGAGGAGUGCGAGCGGAUGAUCGCCGGCGUCGACGUCGACGGCGACGGAUGCGUCGGGUUCGAGGAGUUCAAGAAGAUGAUGGCGCCCAAAGGCGGCGCCGAACCCGCCGCGGUUCCCCCCGCCGACGCCGCCGGCCCGGACAAGGCCAAGAAGGAGUGACGCGUGUAAUCGGUGCUCGAGUGUCUCUAGCAUUAUUUUCGCACUAGAGGAAACGCUCGAUCCUGCGUAAAGUUAAUGCGAAUAAACAAAUCCGCCAUGACUAUCAUGUACAAUAUACCCCAUUCUAUAUUGUGGCUUACUUGUAUGCGUUGAUUUUCUGAUGGAGACCCGUUUGGUACAAAAGUUUCUCGGAAUUUCUAGUGGU